GCCUCUCUCAUCCGACCCGAACCGAUCCGAGUCUCGCGACCUUGACGACGAGGAGUAGCGAUACGGAGGAGGAGAGACGGGAGAGCGAUGGCGAGGCGAGGGGAAUCGGAGGAUGAGUUCGAUUACCUGUUCAAGGUGGUGUUGAUUGGCGACUCCGGCGUCGGCAAAUCCAACCUCCUCUACCGCUUCACUCGCAACCACUUCUCCCUCGACUCCAAGUCCACCAUCGGCGUCGAAUUCGCCACUCGCACCCUCCAGGUGGAAGGCAGGAUGGUGAAAGCACAAAUAUGGGACACAGCAGGCCAAGAACGAUAUCGAGCAAUUACUAGUGCUUACUAUCGUGGUGCUCUUGGGGCACUCCUCGUCUAUGAUGUAACCAAACCCAAGUCCUUUGAGAAUGCCAAUCAAUGGCUCAAGGAGCUACGUGAUCAUGCAGACUCCAACAUCGUCAUCAUGCUUAUCGGUAACAAAACUGAUCUCAAGCACCUUCGUGCGAUCGCCUCAGAGGAUGCACAAAGCUUUGCUGAGAAGGAAGGCAUCUCCUUCCUCGAGACCUCUGCCCUCGAGGCCAUAAAUGUGGAGAAGGCCUUUCAGAUCAUUCUUGCAGAGAUAUAUCGAAUCAUCAGUAAGAAGCCCUUGUCCUCUUCUACAAACCUCAGGCCACGACCUAUUGAAAGCAUCAAAGAGGGUAACACGAUUGUGGUUUCAGGGUCUGAUGUUAACAAUUCACAAUCUCGAUGUUGCUCCACAUAGAUGCACUACAUCUUAUGACUCAAAAAUCAAAUCUAACAGACAAAUCCAAGAAUGAUGCUAAA